UGAGCAAUAGGGGGGGUGUAUAUAGAACUACCCGAGAAUAAGGGCACGCGACCACUGGCAUCGCUCAAAUCGACGAAAUACGUCAAAUAUAUCAUUAUUUUAUUAUUCUUCAUUUCGGUAGCGUGUGCGGUAUACAUAAUUUUAGGAUUGGGCUUUUAGUUUCCUUUGGCCGAUAGCGAUGCUUCAGCUUUUCCGAUAGGUGUUACGUCAUCCGUGACAAACGAGUUCGCCUGGUAUCUUUCCGGCCGAAGAAUGACUGGCCUUCCUUCGCAACACCGUCCGUUGUAGAACAUACGAAAAUUUUGAAUAGGUCCGACCAGAUGACGCGGCCCAACUGCCACCUUAUCCUCUAAUUUAUCCAACAAAUCAGCUCUCAAGGUUAGAAGUACUACAAGCCUUAUAACUUCAUAAGAAUCAAAAGCCGUUUAGAGUCCACAACCUUUUUUUUCGAAAUGGAGCUAUUUGGGAAGAUGUGCAGGCUCCCUGCUGCCCUACUAUUUCUCUCCUUAAUCCUUUCCUCUCUCUUCUCUCUCUCCAUUGGAGGCGACGUCCUGACUCCAACCCAGCCCCUCUACGACGGCCAAAUCCUGAUCUCAGCGGGGGAGAGAUUCACCUUAGGCUUCUUCAGCCCUAUCAACACUAACAAUCGUUACGUCGGCAUAUGGUACAAGGUCUCAUCUCAUACCAUCGUGUGGGUUGCCAAUCGCCAGCACCCAAUCUCGGAGCGCAACGGCAGCUUGUCGAUCACCGCUAAUGGAACUCUCAUUAUCACCGACCAGAACUCUAAAACCAUAUGGUCCUCGGGCUCGUCGGGCCUCGCCAGUCCAAUCGCGCAACUCUUAGACGACGGCAAUUUCAUCGUUAAAGAGGCUAAGGGCAAUGGUAAUAUUGUUCCAGGGAGCCUUGCAUGGCAGAGCUUCGACUACCCGACCGACACUAUGCUCCCGGGAAUGAAGCUCGGGUGGAACCUAACGAGUGGCCUCAACCGUAACAUCACAUCAUGGGCCAGUCCUAGUGACCCAGCGCCGGGCCCCUACACCUUGUUUUUGGAUCUUCGUGGUGACCCCCAAGGAUUUUUAUUGCAAGACUCAAAGCAACAGUUUCGCACCGGGCCAUGGAACGGGCAAAGCUUCAGUGGCAUCCCAGAUAUUAUACGUUAUAAGGUCAUCAUAGUAAACUUUGUCAUCAAGAACAACGAGGUCUUCUUCAUGUACAACAUCACCAGCACGUCCAUCAUCGCGAGGCAUACGGUGAACUACACCGGCCAGGUCCAACGCCUUGUCUGGCUUGAUGACAGCCAAAUGUGGAGCGUCUACAUGUCUAAGCCGAAGGACCUAUGCGACUAUGUAUCACAAUGCGGGGCUUACGGGGUCUGUAAUCCGGACGACUCACCGGUAUGUACUUGUUUGCAGGGAUUUAAGCCUAGGUCGCCGAGAAAUUGGGAUCUCAGAGAAGGGAAAGACGGGUGUGCGAGGAUGACAGAGCUGGACUGCCAGAAUGGGACUGAUGGGUUUGUGACAAUACAAGAAGUAAAGCUGCCGGACACAUCGAGGUCGACGGUGGACUGGAGCAUGGGAUUGGAUGAGUGUCGGGUGAUGUGCUUGAGGAAUUGUUCAUGCACGGCCUAUGUUAGUGCUUAUAUCAACGGCACUGGAUGUAUAAUUUGGACGACGGAGCUCACUGAUAUUAGGGUGUUUACCUUUGGUAGACAGGAUCUCUACGUCCGACUAGCAGCAGCCGAUCUAGCCCUGGGAUCAGGACAUUCACGUUCACGUACUAUAGCUGGGAUUGUGGUGGGCUUUGUUGCGGGGAUUCUACUGCUUGCUGUGGUGGGUGUUUGCGUUCGAAUAAAGAGAAGGAGAAGAACAGCAACUACCUCAGGUGUCAUUCCCUUCGCUAGUCACCGCAACAACGAAUACAAGGACGGCAAGGACUGGGAGCUUCCUCUAUUUGAUCUGAGGACAAUCAUUGUAGCGACCGACAACUUCUCAAUCCAAAACAAGCUUGGAAAGGGUGGCUUCGGUCCCGUGUACAAGGGAAUGCUUGGAGAGGAGCAAGAAAUAGCUGUGAAGAGGCUUUCAAAGACUUCGGCACAGGGUGCUGAUGAAUUCAUGAAUCAAGUGAUGCUGAUUGCCAAGCUUCAGCACCGAAACCUAGUUCGGCUUCUUGGUUGCUGCUCUCAAGGAGAGGAAAGGAUGCUGGUAUAUGAAUACAUGCCUAAUAAAAGCUUGGACGCCUUCCUGUUUGAUCAUUCACAUUCACAUACCAUAGCUGGGAUUGUGGUGGGCUCUAUUGCGGGGAUUCUGCUACUUGCUGUGGCGGCCAUUUGCGUUCGAAUGAAGAGAAGGAGAAGAACAGCAGCUACCUUAGGUGGCAUUCCCUUCGCUAGUCACCGCAACAACGAAUACAAGGACGGCAAAAAUUGGGAGCUUCCUCUAUUUGAUCUGGGGACAAUCAUUGCAGCGACCGACAACUUCUCAAUCAAAAACAAGCUUGGAAAGGGUGGCUUCGGUCCCGUGUACAAAGGAAUGCUUGGAGAGGAGCAAGAAAUAGCUGUGAAGAGGCUUUCAAAGACUUCAGCGCAGGGCACUGAUGAAUUCAUGAAUGAAGUGAUGCUGAUUGCCAAGCUUCAGCACCGAAACCUAGUUCGGCUUCUGGGUUGCUGCUCUCAAGGAGAGGAAAGGAUGCUGGUAUAUGAAUACAUGCCUAAUAAAAGCUUGGACGCCUUCCUGUUUGAUAAAGAUAAAGGUGUGUUACUGGAUUGGCAAACCCGAUACAACAUUAUAGAAGGGAUUGCUCAAGGUCUUCUCUACCUACACCGAGACUCGAGACUUAGAAUUAUUCACAGGGAUCUUAAAGCGAGUAACAUUCUUCUUGAUAAAGAUAUGAACCCUAAAAUAUCAGACUUCGGCUUGGCAAGAAUAUUUCGAGGGGAUGAGACCGCACUAAAUACUCGGAGAGUUGUGGGGACGUAUGGAUACAUGUCUCCUGAGUAUGCCAUGGAUGGUGUCUUCUCGGUGAAAUUUGAUGUAUUCAGUUUUGGUGUCUUAGUACUUGAAAUAAUUAGUGGCAAGAAGAACAGAGGCGUUUCCAUAUCCGAGUAUGAAGGAAACCUUCUAGCACAUGCUUGGAGUUUAUGGAUGCAUGGUAAUGGCUUGGAACUGGUGGAUAAAUCAAUCAGCCACUCAAUUUCCAUGGUUGAAGCCUUGAACUGUAUAAAGGUUGGCUUAUUGUCUGUUCAAGAAAGUCCAAAAGACAGGCCGACGAUGUCCUCUGUGGUGUUGAUGUUGGGCUCCAAGGAUGCAUCCUUGCCAGAUCCUAAACAUCCUGGUUUUUUUCCAACAAAAGCUUCCUCGAAAACCGAGUCAUCAAAAAGCAAGACAAACUCUGCAAGUAUAAAUGAAUUAUCGGUUACAAUAGUUGAAGGUCGGUGACUAUUAGAUCUAGGUGGUAAAAUUUUCUCAUACCAAAGACAAGCUAUGAAAAGUUCUCGUUCUUUCAGUGUCUAUGCAUUUCUUUCAGCUAUCUCAAAUUCUAAUCACAAGUCAGCAGACCAUUAGU